GUGCGGUGUCUCAGUGAUGGGAUCAGUGUGAGGGAGCAGAGUGCUGCUGUCUCUGGGCCUGACAUGGCCUGUCUGAUGGCCGCCUGGUCCGUCCACAACCCCAGCGUCACCAACUCCAUCAUCAUGAACACCAACGGGCCCCCAGACCUCAUGUUGGACCCGCGGGCGGUGUGCGUCUGUAUGGACGACGUGGCGAGCCAGCGGCCGGCGGGCGGCCAGCAGACGCCGCUGCUGCACGGGUACUUAAAGAAGGUGGACAACAACCAGACGGAGGCCCAGAGGUUCUCCUCGCUGCCGCGCAGACCGGCCGUCAACAUCGAGUUCAGGGACAUCUCGUACUCCGUCAGGGAGGGGCCCUGGUGGAGGAAGAAAGGUUACAAAACUCUGCUGAAAGGGAUCUCUGGGAAAUUCACCAGCGGGGAGCUGGUGGCCAUCAUGGGGCCCUCAGGGGCCGGGAAGUCCACCCUCAUGAAUAUCCUGGCCGGGUACAGAGAGACGGGGAUGAAGGGGGAGAUCCUGAUCAACAGUCAGCCCAGAGACCUGCGCUCCUUUAGGAAGGUUUCCUGUUACAUCAUGCAGGACGACAUGCUGCUGCCUCACCUCACCAUACAGGAAGCCAUGAUGGUUUCAGCCAACCUGAAGCUGCAGGAGAAGGCGGAGGCUCGCAGAGAGAUGGUGCGGGAGAUCCUGAUGGCUCUGGGUUUGCUGGACUGUGCUAAGACCAGGACAUCUCACCUGUCGGGUGGUCAGAGGAAGAGGCUGGCCAUCGCUCUAGAGCUCGUCAAUAAUCCUCCGGUCAUGUUCUUUGAUGAACCCACUAGCGGCUUGGACAGCUCGUCCUGUUUCCAGGUGGUCUCUCUGCUGAAAGCUCUGGCUCAGGGAGGACGGACCGUCAUCUGCACCAUCCACCAACCCAGCGCCAAACUGUUUGAACUCUUUGACAAGCUGUACGUGCUGAGUCAGGGUCAGUGCAUCUACAGAGGGAAAGUCUGCAGUCUGGUUCCCUACCUGAGAGAGCUCGGACUCAAUUGCCCCACCUACCACAACCCGGCCGACUUUGUGAUGGAGGUGGCGUCUGGAGAACACGGAGAUCAAAUGGUGCGACUGGUGCGAGCCGUCCAGGACAGGAAGUGUGAGAAGACUGAAGUGAACGGAGACACUCGCCUCCACCCGCUCAUGUGGCACCGCACUGAGGAGGAGAGUUCGGCGUCUGAAGGUUGUCACAGUUUCUCGGCCAGCUGCAUGACGCAGUUCUCCAUCCUGUUCAGGAGAACGUUCCUCAGCAUCCUCAGAGACUCUGUGCUGACUCACCUGAGGAUCUCCUCUCACAUCGGGAUCGGCGUCCUGAUUGGUCUGUUGUACCUGGGCAUCGGGAACGAGGCCAAGAAGGUUCUCAGUAACUCGGGCUUCCUCUUCUUUUCCAUGUUGUUCCUCAUGUUCGCCGCUCUGAUGCCCACAGUGCUAACAUUUCCUCUGGAGAUGGGAGUUUUUCUGAGGGAACACCUGAACUACUGGUACAGUCUGAAGGCGUAUUAUCUCGCCAAAACUAUGGCGGAUGUCCCCUUCCAGGUAGUGUUCCCGCUGGUGUACUGCAGUAUUGUGUACUGGAUGACGGCUCAGCCUCCGGACGCCAGACGCUUCUUCCUCUUCCUGUCUCUGGGCGUUCUGACCUCUCUGGUGGCUCAGAGUCUGGGCCUGCUGAUCGGAGCCGCCUCCACCUCUCUGCAGGUGGCGACGUUUGUGGGUCCGGUCACAGCGAUCCCUGUGCUGUUGUUCUCCGGGUUCUUUGUCAGCUUCGACACCAUCCCCUGGUACCUUCAGUGGAUGUCUUACAUCUCCUACGUCAGGUACGGCUUCGAGGGCGUCAUCCUGUCGAUCUACAGUUUGGACCGAGAGGAUCUUCACUGCGAUGAUCACGACACCUGCCACUUCCAGAAGUCGGAGGCUAUCCUGAAGGAGCUGGACAUGCUGGACGCCAAACUCUACCUGGACUUUAUCGUCCUAGCCAUCUUCUUCUUCUCCCUGAGGCUCAUCGCUUACUUUGUCCUCCGGUAUAAAAUCAGCGCUGAGAGGUAG